CGCCGGGGGCCCCCGGAGCGCGCCCGGCCGCCCCAUGGAGCCGUCGGGGAGCAACAGUAGCUGUGGCAACGGUUCCCUGCUCACCUUGCACUGCUCCUCCCAGCAGGUCCUGUGCCAGAUCAUCGGGGAGCUGGGUCUAGAAGCCUCCGACAAUGCCACCUCGAGCAACUGGCAGGAGAAGGCCAAAAGGAAUUAUGACUUUUUCAUCGGACUGGGAUUGGCUGUCUUCUCCAGCUUCCUUAUUGGCAGCAGCGUCAUCCUCAAGAAGAAGGGGCUGUUGCGACUGGUGGCUAAGGGGGCCACCAGGGCCGUUGAUGGAGGAUACGGCUACCUCAAGGACAGCAUGUGGUGGGCUGGACUCCUCACUAUGGCUGCAGGAGAAGCUGCAAACUUCGGUGCCUAUGUGUUUGCUCCCGCGACGGUCGUCACUCCCCUGGGAGCCCUAAGUGUGCUCAUAAGUGCCAUCCUGUCCUCCUAUUUCCUGGGCGAGGGACUCAACCUGCUGGGGAAGCUGGGCUGUGCCAUCUGUGUAGCAGGAAGCACCGUGAUGGUAAUCCAUGCCCCUGAGGAGGAGACGGUCACGACCUUAAAUGAAAUGGUUUCCAAGCUGAAGGACACAGGCUACAUCGUCUUUGCAGUUGUCAUCCUGGUGACCUGCCUCAUCCUCAUCUUUUUUAUCGCCCCGCGCUAUGGGCAGAAGAACAUCCUCAUUUACAUCAUCAUCUGCUCUGGGAUCGGGGCCUUUUCCGUGUCUUCAGUCAAAGGCAUGGGGAUUGCCAUCAAGGGUUUCUUCCAGCACCAGCCUGUCCUACAGCAUCCCCUCAGCUACAUCCUUGUCCUCAUCUUGGCAGCUUCCCUCAGCACUCAGGUUAAUUUCCUCAACCGGGCCUUGGACGUCUUCAACACCUCCCUGGUGUUCCCCAUUUACUAUGUGUUCUUCACCACCGUGGUCAUCACCUCCUCCAUCAUACUCUUCAAGGAGUGGACCACCAUGACUGCGGUGGACAUCGUGGGCACCAUGUCUGGCUUCGUGACCAUCAUCCUUGGGGUCUUCCUACUCCAUGCUUUCAAAGACCUCAGUAUCAACUGGUCCAACCUGCCCCACACCCACUCCGACCCAACCCCUCCACCAACCCUAGAACCCACUGUGAUCAAACUGGAAGACAAAGGCAUCCUGGUGGACAAUAUGGAAAUGCCUAUCCCUUUGCCUGAAGAGAAACCCAAAGUAUUUAUCGUCAGUGGCUAAAACUAGAACUGGAGCCCUGAGGGCGAACCCCACAGGACCACCCUGGUCGAUACUAACCACGUAGCGGCAUGGGUACAUCCAACAAUUAUUUUUUUUAUUUGUUUUCAAUUCCUGAUCCAGCUGUGUGUGUGUGUGAUGUCCUUCUGUGUGGGUGGGGAGCACACUCAUGUCUUCUAAAUCCCAGCCAGCUAAAAUGGCAUCUCCUGGAGAAAGACGUCCAGACAAUGACCUCCUGGAAAUGAAGACCUUCAGGUAGACCUCAGUUCUAAACAAUGCACUCAAUCUGAACCCCAAGGACAGAAUUUGACCCUUUGAAUGUAGCUGACUCCCUGCCAUCCCAAGAAGCAUUCCAGCAGGGGGUCUGUCCGCUAAACCUAAUUUAAGCCUGCAAGCCAUCGCAGGACAGAAGUGCGCUGGACUCUGGGAGUUCGGGGAAGAGCUUCCAUCUCCCUGUAGCACACUCUCAGAACCUCUGCACGAUUUCUCACUGUGAAUGACUCCCAUUGUCUCAGGAAAAAACCCUCGGAUUACAGCUUCAUCGUUGUUGGACAUCAGCUUGUCUGUCUCUCUCUAGGCAUUUUGAGGUGCCAGUCACCAGAGGACCGAGGCGGGCAGACAGGGAUUUAGAACACCAACAAAAGGCUUUUCACAGAAUCCCUCUGCCACAGGGCAGUUCUCCGCUCUUGAAUCGUAAGGCCUCGCCUCAUCUCACUAGAAAGAGGAAGGCAGCUGUUCCAGGCUGCUAUGGUUGAAAAAUGUUUUUACAUCUGAUCUGAAUCUGGCAGUGUGUGUAUUGUUUCCUUUUUUCCUCUUUAAAAACCAAACAAAUCUCUCCCCACCACUUUCUUGGUCAGCUAAUAGGAAAAGCAUUUUCAGAUGCUGGCGGAUGCUGUUUGUUCCGAUGUCUGACCGAUCCUGAGAAUGUCGGUGUGUGAUUUGUAGUCCAGAGUGAGUUCUGGACUGGUUCCCUUCCUGGUUCAGUGAAAGCGUGUCUUUUGUCUGGCUGGCCCUGUGGGGGUGAGGGCUGAGGUUUGGCUGGGUGCACCCUGGCCCACUGGCAAUAGUUGGUCAAAUUGAGCUCCCUACCCAGAGCCUGCCUCCUAUGUAUGGCUAGACAACUGGCACUGUUUUGGCCUGGUCUUCUGGGGACUCCCAGAUUCGGUUGCUUUGAGGAUACCUGCUGAGGCUGGAAUUCCAGCCUGGAUGCUGGUGUGUUUCAAGGAACGGGAAUUUGGGGGGGGAACCCCACCUCUUGUCCAGCUGUGGGAACAAGGACUGAGGGAAGGAGGCAGAUUUCCUGGGAACUCUGAGAUGAUAUCUCAGGUGGGUGAAAGUGAAUAUGAGGGAAGUUCUUAUCCAGUACCAUGAUGUUCAGUGAGCCUGGACGCCCAUUCUGCAGUCCAUCAAACAGCCCAUUCCAAGUCUGACUGUUACCAAUAAAAGAGCCAGGUGACUAAGGCCGUGAGUUCAUAUUCUCCUCCCUCCUCUGCUCUCUAAAACUAU